CCUUAACAAAGACACAACCCACCCAAAACUUCCAUAUAUGGAAAGCGGAAGUUCGAUUACUCACUUGCAAAGAGAGGCCACAAAAUGGCGUCUGGAUGUAGAGCGUAUUUUUAGUGACACGUUUUACUAAAUUUCUCCUUAUUUCUGUGGAUUAAACGCCGAUCCUUUUGGCAACGACGAGCUAAAUAACUCGCGGAUAUAAUCUACGGUUCCUUUCGGGCGACGGCGAAGCGAAGAAAUGGCAAUGCGGCGAUAAAGUAGGGGGGUUCAAGACACCAAAAUAUCUAUUGACAUGGAAGCAUAUUUGAAAAAACUUGUCAGCAAAAAGAAGAGACGAUUCUACGAGGAUGGCUUCGAUUUGGACCUGUCUUGUAUCCUUUAAAGCUGUUCUAAGACCGGGGUUUAUUUCGCUUCGAAAUCAGUUCUUUUGACAAGGGGCAUAGCAUUUAAUUUUUGGCAAAAUUAUUAGCCCAUUCCACUUCCGCGAUAUUAUUAAUGUAACAGAAAUCUGUUAAGCUUUUGCUAAAACUAAAGUGCACUAAAAGCAUUUAAUUGCUUCAAUUUUCAGAGGAAUAGAAUAGAAAUCUUUUAGAUGUCUUAUUUUCGACAGCAAUUCUGUGGGUGUUAAAAAAUAGCAACAAAAAAAUUCGAUUUUAAUAAACGCACUUGGAGGUCAUAAUUAAUAAUUACUCUAUUGAAAGUUUUUGACUAAUUUCAUUAAUCCAUCUGAUUAAUUUGUUUUCUCGUGAUUUCACAAAUAUUUAUAGUGUGAAUUUGUCUUUAUUUUUAAAUAUUUUUACAACUCAAUUGAAUGCUUAAAAUAUGUUUUCGUAUUGUGUAUAUUUUUUCGUAUUGUCUGAUGCAUACAAAUAUAUUGUGUUUGGAUUUAAUGUUAUUAAAUUAAGCGUGUCUUAAUAUGGCAAUAUUUUAGUGUUCUGUGGUUUAGAAAGUUAUUAAUCUCGGUUUUUGGGGGGCUUAAUAAGGCAAUAUUUUGCUGUUUUGUGGUCUAGAAGAUUAUUAAAUUUUGGUGUUUUGAGCUUGUUUACAAUCGUGUGGUAUUCUAUAAAAUGUUUUUUGAGUUGUGACAUAAUUAUUUUUGUACUUUAAUCCGUAAAGUGGACUGCACCACGCCCUAAAUUGCCCUACUUUAUUGUUUAUUCUGUCUAAUGCAAGACGGUGUAACUCGUCAAGGGGAGAGUGCUGGCGCUCAAUGUGUAAAUGUUUCAAGAUAUAUAAGGGCAUACUACACUACACAUUUGGCGCUGAAUAUUGGCUUGGUGCUUGACGGGGGGGGAGACUAGAUAAAGGGGAGGUAUGGUCCCUGGAAAAGUUUGAAAUCUGUACUUUCUAACAUGGCAUUUCUUGCACCCUCUAAAGAUUUGAUGUUUAGAAACGUUUGUCAUUUCACGUUUGUUUUGCAUUUUAAGCAGUACAGGAUAUGACACUUUACCCCUCCUAUACCCCCCUCUCCCGUGUUUUGAUGCCUAUGGCAUUACAUGAGACUCGAUUGGGCAAUUAUGAUCCAAUAAUUGCUCUAUACUGUGGUUGCAAAGUUUCAUUGCAAGAUUUGACAACAAUCAAAUGCUUUCAAAAGAUGGAGUAUUUUUGUUGUUUAUUAUGAUUUAUAUUUAUUUCAAAAAUAAUGCUGAAUUGUGUAUUAUAUACAAUAAAGUGAACAGUUAAGAAUAGACUAUACUCUGAACUAGCUAAAAAUGUGAGUUUAAAACCUAUAAUCUAAGAAUAUCUGUUUGUUUUUUGGCUGCCGGAUAUUAUAAAACUAUUUUUACAACGAUUGGUAUUAAUCCUCGGUAACAUGAACUUGCAGUUAUGUCUAAAGUCGUACUUUAAUGCGUUAAGAGGAGGCAAUAAGACAUGCAGUUUGUGCGCGUUGCCUUAGAAUCAAACAACGACUUGCAAAUAUUUUCAUGAUGGAUUUUGAGAUGUUCUAUUUGAAGUUUCUUCAAAGCCAUUUUGUACUCAAGAUUAGGAUGGAUGAUUAACAUAACUUGUUUUUGAAUUCUUUCCAUAUCUUUGAUAAGGUAAUUAGGUAGUGAACCAUGGAAAACUGGUACUACAUAGUACAGAUCUAAUACAUGCAACAUAGAAUGUUUUAAGAUCAUAUGUUGACAUACGGUACAACAUUUGCCCUCUUCAUUUGUAUAAGGAAGUAGAUUUUUUCAAAGCCCUCUUUAUAAUAUAAUUUAAAUGAGCAUUCCAGGAAAUGUUACUGGUGAUUAUAAGACCUAAAAGGUUUGCACUUUGGACGACUUCAAGAGGUUUUCCAUUAAUAACAAUGGGGUUAAAAUCAUGCUAACACUUCGAAAAGGAUAUAUGUGAUUAUUUGCACUUAUUAGGGUUAAGUUGGAGCAUAUUUAGACUUGACCAACUUGACAUGUGGUCUGCAACUGACUGAGCAUGACUUGCUUUGCUUUUAAAAAUCGUCUCCGACGUUGUAGUAUCAUCAACAAAUUUCCAUAAAAUUAUAUUAUAUAUUAAGAAGAAUAUAGCUGAAAGAUUUUCAAAUCCUCCUUUCAAAAUCAACCCUUGUGUUUCUCUUUCUCAUAUCUUAAUCUGGCAUGCGGUAUCACUCCGAACAAUGUAUCAGUACAAGAUUUUUGAGAUUUCCAAAAUUUUAAAGAUUUUCAGACAAUUUAAAGAUUUUCAGAGUUUUUAGGGAAUUUUGUGUCAUAUUAAAUUCUCCUUGACUCAUUUUGAAGAUAUUAAGCCAAAUAUUGUUGCAAUGGGAUUUCCAUCGGAAAGAAUCGAAGGAGUUUAUCGAAAUCAUAUUGAGGAAAUUUUAAGGUGUAUAUAAGAUUUCAAAUAGUUUCAGUGUUGAAGUACCAAUGGAUUAUAUUUGUAGUUUGGUGAUAACGACCAUUUAUAUUCCCUAUCUUUACAGGUUUCUCGAAACCAAGCAUAAAGACCAUUACAAAGUUUACAAUUUGUAAGUUUGUCACAUGUUAAGCGACCGGCUGUUUUGUAAAAGUCUGACGUCUUGAAAGUUGUUAGUGAAUAGUCAAUUUCACAUAAUGUCUGCCUGGACUGUUUCGAACAUCUUCCCAAAGUUUGCCAAUUAGUUGCAAAGGUCAACAUUUGAUAUUGAAAUUACAAGCCAGUUUGUAAACAAAGCCUCAGAUUGGUCCGUGAAUUAAAAGCAGCCAAUCAAAUGCUUGGCGGGGCUUGAAAUUUCUAGCACUAUCCAAUGGGGUAUUAGCAACUUAAAAUCUGGUACUGGUAGUACCAGAUGUACUAGUCAAUCAGUAAUUAUCGAUUAUUCCUGCUACAAUCUACCCAAUCGGGAUUGGGUAGAUUUUACAAUGACACCAUAAUGUCAGUCAACCGAGUAAAGGUGACAUCACAGGGCUGCAAAUUACUGUCGGACAUCAGACAAUGUCCGACUAAAUUUGGCAAAUGUCCGAGCAAAAGUAAUUUUGAUCGGACAUUGGUCCGAUCAAAAAAAAUACUGUCACAUUAUACAUUUUUUUGCUGUGACAAAAUCCGAUUACAAAUUCACUCAAUUUGCAUUUUGCAAUAAAAUUUACGAGGCAUUCUAGCAUUUUACUUAACGUUGCGCCGGAAUGGCUAUAUACUUGUCUCAUGACUUAUAUAUAUAUAUAUAUCUUGUGACUUAUAUAUGUCCGACCAAAUUCAAGUUAUGUCCGACCAAAAUUAAAAGUGAUCGGACAAAUGUCCUGUCAAGUCAAAUAUUUAUUUGCAGACCUGCAUCAUUUAUUUUGAUCUUUCAAUGAUAUUAUCUGGCAUCCCGUGGAUAUUGGACAGGAUACUGCAAAUUUCAAGCCAUGGAGCUUAGUUUAUAUACAAGUUUGUUAGUAUUAUCAUGAACUUUUGAAUGCAUCGAAUUUGCAAACUUUGAAGUUGAGUUGGGAACAUUUCAGGCAAAAUUUAUGUGAAAAUUGAUUGUAAAACAUGUAUUUAUCUUGCUUGUGAUGUUACUCUGAGUGUAUAUCCACACCGGGCAAGCUUGAAAAAUAUGCCUGACCACGGUGGGAAUCGAACCUACGGCCUUUGGAAUACUAGCCCAAUGCUCUACCAACUGAGCUACACGGUCUGGUUGGUUCAAGUGGUCAGGCAUAUUUUUCAAGCUUGCCCGGUGUGGAUAUACACUCAGAGUAACAUCACAAGCAUCUUAUUCUCCUGAGUACAUUGCACCAACACAGAAAAUAUCAUUAUUACUAGAUUACAUUGAUAUCGAAGGAACUAGAUUCUGUUCCGAAAUAUCACAUACUAGAACCGACCAGACCGCGUAGCUCAGUUGGUAGAGCAUUGGGCUAGUAUUCCAAAGGUCGUAGGUUCGAUUCCCACCGUGGUCAGGCAUAUUUUUCAAGCUUGCCCGGUGUGGAUAUACACUCAGAGUAACAUCACAAGCAUCUUAUUCACCUGAGUACAUUGCACCAACACAGAAAAUAUCAUGUAUUUAUCUUGCUUUUUACAGAUGCUCUGAGAGGGAAUAUGAUCCUGCUAAAUUUAAUCAUCGAGGUGAGUGACUUUUUCUGUACAGAUUUAUUUUGCCAUGCAUACAUUUCUGCUAGAGUUCAAAAUAUUAAACAUCAUGUACAGUAUUUUACCAAUUUACUGUGAUUUCCAGUUGAGUGUGGAAUUGCAAAAGUUUGUUCAUUAAGUUUUGUCGUUUGAAAACAAUGUAUGUGACGUCAUUUUAUAAUGUUACUAGGCGAGCUCACAAUGUGCUCUUCUCUCACGAGCUCUCAAUUCAUUACAAAACAAAAUAAGUUUCUAUUUUACUUAGACAGUAUUUUACUUGACAACAUUGUCAGCUCACUUAGUAACAUUAUAGAAUGACGUCACAAACAUUGUUUUCAAACGACAAAACUUAACGAAUGGACUUUCGCAUUUCCACGCUCAACUGGAAAUUGCAGUACCAUAUGGAAAAUCUAUAAUAGUUAUUGGAUGAGGUUUUUGUAAUAUCCUGAAUUGUCAAGGUAAGUGUUAUCAGCUGAGCCAAAGGCGAGAUUGAUAACAGUUACAGAGACCUUGAUAAUUCAGGAUAUCACAAAAACCGAAUUCAAUAACUGUUUUACUAUACAUUGCAUUUUUAUAACUCUAUCAACAAACAACGAUUUGUCACACAAAACAACAUUUGGUUCUGAAAAAUAAGCUGUGUUAAAAUAUUACAAUAACAGCAUAAAAAUAUUAGAAAUCUCAUUUAGCUACUAAAGUUCCGAUAAAAAUACCAAAAAGGUCUGCUUUUUGCACAAAAAAACAUUCACGAAAAUGCCAUUUGCUCAUGUUGUUUUAUCUUGUUUUUAUUUGUGCAUUUAAACUGCCGCUUGCUAUAAAAUUACAUACCGCAGGCUCAACUUACACAUUAGUUAUCUGCUAUCGGAUAAUUGAGUUAUGUGUAGGUUGUGUGAUUGCCUUAUUUAGCUGUAAGCUAUUAACCAAUCAGAACAAAUGCAGCGACUACAAUGUAUAAUAACAAAUAAAUACACGAUAAAUCUUUAAAAGCCAUUCAAAUAAAUCUUUAAAAGCCAUUCAAAAACCCAUUAAUGGCAAUUUAAAAUUUUUUUGUCUUAGUUAAGCUUGCCCAUUUGUUUUAUUUGCUCACAGGCUUUUUAAUUUAAGGACCAAUUCAAUUUGACAAUGGUAGUAUUCUAUCUAAAUAGGGCCAAAAAAAAUAUGUGGGUUUCCGGUUUCCCAACCCUACCCAGCUUUUGGACGUCGAAAUCCCGACCUUCCAGAAGACAAUCGAAAUGUCUUCUGGAUUGUCUAUGGUCCAAUGGAUGAUCCUACCCUUGUAUUAUCAGUGGAAAUCACGGGCGUGAGCCGCGAAAGCUUGCUGUGCUUGGGUUCUAAUGUAAAUAAAUAUGGCGGAUUUUGAAAAUAUACAGUAUUUGCAUAAUAUGUAAUGGCCACGGUAGGAAUCGAUAGAUACUAGCACCUUAAUCUGCUACUCCUCAUUGAAAUUUAGUGUCCCACAUUUGCUCGGCGAAAACCUCAGUAACCAAAAAUACACAGAAUAAGAACCAAAGUGCCAAAACAAGCUGUGUUAUCGAACAUUUUACCACAAUGUGUAAUACAGACUUCAGAGUUCAGAAUUCAUAUAGCGUCACGUUUGAAUACUUAGGGCCUGUUCAUAUGGGCAGAAGUUAUCCCGGUUAACGAGAAAAAUUUUCGACUAGCCAAAUACUUUUGUUCUGUUCAUAUGGAGAAACGUUAUCCCGCUUAACCGGGUAAAGCUUCCGACUGUGACGUAGCACUGAACAUCAAUUGAAUUGAAAAGUUACUGACACGACAGAAAGUUAUCCCGCUAAGCGGGAAAGUUGUGUUCAUAUGGGAGAACGCAGUGUAACUUUUUAUAGUAUUUUCAUACCAAGGCGAGAUCUCGCUUGUAAACUUGUCGAAAGGUUUUCUCGCUAACCGGGAUAACUUUUGCCCAUAUGAACAGGCCCUAAGUCUAUGAUUUACAAUAUCCAAAAUGGAAAUCAGGAUACUGCAAAUUUUGAGCCCUGAUACCAAGUCUAGCAGCUGCUGGUUAAUUUCCAUACUUUUCUCAACAUUAGUUGCCAAGUAUCCAUUUGAUGACCACAAUGCCCCACCCUUCCAACUGAUGCAACCAUACUGUGAAGACAUGGCUACUUUCCUGAGCGAUCGAGAAAAUGUUGCAAUUGUUCAUUGCAAAGCUGGAAAGGUUUGAGAUUAUUCUUUUUUCUGGGGUGUUUGUAGCCUACGGUGUAGGCUAGGGUGUUUGUAGUUACCAGAAGAAAUGGUUUUAUUUCUCUCCAGGAGUUUCACAAUUAUUGCUAAGACAGUAAGACACCAUUUUAAACUUUUUAUAUUUUUAUAGUUUUUAUAUUAAAAUUUGCCGCCUAAGUUAGGCUUUAUAUACGUUCGACAGUAGCUUUUGGCCUCACUCGAAUACAUUCAAUACACAACAUUUAUAUAAUGCUACUGAAGGACAACUUUGUACGUUCAAAAAAUCCUGCUUUGAAGUUUGCAGUUCUGCUGUAAAUAUCAAUCUUAAGCCCGCCGCACACGAGAGCAACUUGCUGAGCUAACCACCUCGCGAGGCAGCUAGCUCAGCUAUGUAUUUUCACCGCACACGUUGGGAAAACUACUCAACAACAACAUAAUUGACAAAAUCAUUUGCAUUUUCCUCCAUUUUGUUCCAAGUCACAUGAAGAAACCAUGGUUUCUCAUUGGCUAAUUGAUUCAAACAGUUCAGCACUAAGCUCACAACAUCCGCAGACGCUGAGAUUUUUUCGUCGCGAGGCGAAAAAUAUCAAACACGAUAGAUAUUUUCCUCAAGGCCUCGAGAGGUCAAAUCCUCACGAAAACUAUCCGCACACGAGAGCAACUUGCUGAGCUGACCGCCUCGCGAGGCGGUUAACUCAGCAAGUUGCUCUCGUGUGCGGCGAGCUUUAUAAGGUCUCCCAUAACGUAACUUGUUGGCGUUUUGCUUAUUUUUCAACUUUUUUAAAUUCUGUAUUCCAGGGUCGGACAGGAGUGAUGAUCUGUGCAUAUCUUCUUCAUCAGAACAUCUUCGACACUUGUAAAGAAGCGCUGGAGUAUUAUGGCGAAGCUAGGACGCGGAACAAGAAAGGCGUGACGAUCCCAAGUCAGAGAAGAUAUGUUUAUUAUUAUGCACAUUUUUUAAAACACAGUCUGACGUACACACCGACGACUUUGCUCAUUACCAGAUUCGUCAUGGAGACUGUCCCCAGCGUUAACAAUGGAACCUGUGGUGAGUUUUUACCUGUAAACUGUCAACUGUUAAUAUAGUGAUCUCUUGUACAUAUACACCAUAGAUAUCUUAUAUACACUAGAUAGCGCAUCUCUUUUAGUAAAAUUGAAGGCAAAAAUAUUCCAGCGGUUACCCCCAUUUGAAUAGAUGGCGGCCAUGUUGGUCGUUCCCACUUGCUAAUAAACGCUUAAAAACAACAAUAACUUUCAUCAUUUGAAUAGUUUAAAAACGUAUUUGCAAUAGCGUUAACUUAAUGUUUAAGUUCCCUGUUUAAGAAAUAGGAAACAUCCGAAUUUUCUCAUUUCAUGGGAACGACCUGAGACUGCAAUCACGGCUUCAAUUUUUGAAUUGCAGAAUAAUUAGAUGCACUAUCUAGUGUAUAUAAGAUAUCUAUGAUAUACACACGUAAAAACGUACAACUUGUAACAAAUCUGCAGCAGACUUGUCGCAAUGCUGUUCUGACAUCUUGUUAACAGAUUAAUGUGUUCGCACUGCUUGUUCCCAGCUUGUUGACAAAUUGUCAGUGGCUUGUUGACAACUUGCUACAAGGUUGUUGAGCUCAACAGACUUGUUACAAGUUGUUCCAACAACUUGUUGUCGUCCUGCAAUUCCAUAAUUUGUCAACACGUUGUGAGUGACAACCUUGUAGCAGUUUGAUAAAAUAACAGUAUUGUUACAACUUGUUGACAUGCUUGCCACAAGCCUGUUGCGAACACAUCUUGUGAGAUUUUGAACGCACAAGUUGUUACAUGUCUGCAUUGAUGGCAUCAUCAGACUUGUCACAAGGUUGUUCUAACAAGUCCUGAUACAGUCAUGAUAUAACAAGAAUGUUACAGGGUUGACGACACAAAGGUUGUAACAAUAUUGUUAGAUCAUAACUGUAUCGGGCUGGUUGGAACAACCUUGCAACAAGUCUGAUAAUAUCAACAAGAUUGUUACAAGUUGUUAACAGCUUGUUCCAAACUUGUUGACAACUUGGGACAUGCAGUGCGAACACAACUUGUUGGCAGACUUGCUACAAGAUGUGAGAUUUUACGCGUGAGGUAUAAAACCCGCGUGGACUUUGCGGGAACCGAAAAAUGACUAAGGCUUGGUAAUUGUGGUUAUCACAAGUAAUUUCUUCUAUUCUUUAUCAUUUAGCUCCAUUCUUUUACGUAUGGCAGUCGAAAGUAAAAAUAUACUCGUCAAAAUCUCAAGAGGUAUGCAGGUUAAUUACUAUUAUAAUAUAGCAUUUGUAAAUUCUGAACGCUAUAAGAGCGUUGGCUAAUUGGCUAAGAGCCGUGUUGAUAUAACUCAAUGUCAACACUGAAACGUCGGAACAUUUCUUUCUUUAUGUUUCUUUGUGCUAUAUUAUAAAACAAAUAUAAAACAUUUUUUCCGUAUUGAUAUAUAGUUAUAUCAACACUCGUGGAAAUUGGGAAAACUCGAAAUUGUGUGAAAACACUCCGGCCUUCUUCGGGCGUCGUGUUUCCACACAAUUUCUCGUUUUCCCAAUUUCCACUCGUGUUGAUAUAACUGUAUAUCAACACGGAAAAUGUUUUAUAUUUGUUAAAUAUUAUACAGGGUGUCUAAAAAAACGCUAUGGAAAUUCAACAGGCUGUCGUAAAUCAUAAACGUGGCUAAACAAUUCAAUUUUUACAUAGGAAGAAAGAACAGUUAUUUAGCUUUUCAGUUUUCAAUGAUACUAUUUUUAAAUCGUAACGAUGAGAAAUGGCCACAUACUCGUCAAAUAAAAAUUGCCGGUCGAAAUCACAUGCGUCCACCGUUGGGAAUUGCAUGGAAAACGAAACAUAGACAAUUCCCAAGAGGGAAUUAAAAUUGAAUGUUAAAUUGCGCACCAAUAUAGAUUAGGGGUUAGGGUUGGGGUUAGGUUUAAGGUUAGGGUUAUAGGGUGUGUAUAUAUGUAUAUGGCGGUAUCCAGUUGCAUGACUUUGCAGUACACUAUAAUAUCCAUUACAUAACGUUUACUAUAUUGCUGCGCGAAACAUGGAACGAUUACCGAAAUUUUUAAUGUAACUAAUUAGUUUUUUAAAGGGAUAUGGCAAUUGGCAAUACAAAUCAAGUUUGUCUUAUUUGAAAUAACAUUUAAAAUGAUAUAUAAUCUUCCUUUACAAUUAUUCCGUAUCUUGCUUGGCUUUCGAGAUAAAUCGACUUAUUUCGAUCAAAAGCAGCGUGCAUUCCGCCAUCUUGGAUAUGCAUUCCAUAUGCAUACGUCACAAGCAGAGUAAAAAGCGAAAUUUUUAUCUUGCAAACCACAUGUCAUUUUCAAUAUGAAACUCGAUUUUCCGAAGUCUUUUUAGUACUCAAUGAACUCACAACAUUUUAAGAAACUUUCGAAGAAAUUUAGUCCCACAUGAAGAAGUUUUAACAAGAUGCUUGUGAUGUUACUCUGAGUGUAUAUCCACACUGGGCAGGCCCGAAAAAUACGCCUGACCACGGCGGGAACCGAACCCACGACCCUGCAAUACCAGCCCAAUGCUCUGUCAACUGAGCUACGCGGUCAGGUCGGUUCGAGUAUGUGAUAUUUCGGAACUGAGUCUGAGGGCUUGCCCGGUGUGGAUAUACACUCAGAGUAACAUCACAAGCAUCUUAUUCACCUGAGUACACAACACCAACACAGCGAAUAUCAAGUUUUAACAAGUUUACCCUGCUUGUGAAUGUCAUCAAAACCAAACAAGGUACGAAAUAGUUGUAAAGAAUCUUCAUAUAUAACUUUAAAAGUUCUUUCAAAUAAGACAAAGUUAUUUUUGAUUGCCAUACCUUUAAUAUGCAGUAUUUUACGCUUUUGUUUCUCUAGAGUGCAACAAAAGACGCUAAGAAUAUUUGCUUCAAUCUCCCGCAACCACUGCCAGUCUGCGGGGAUAUUAAAGUACAGUUUUAUAACAAAGACAGCAGGUUUGGGAAGAAGGUACGAAACGAGUUCAUUAAUUUUUUAUUUCCGCCUGUGGGUAUGCCUGAGAACGAUAACACAAAAACUGUCAAACAUAUUUGGACCGGGCAAGGUCAACUAAAUAUGUAAUUAUAGCCUAUUGUAUAAUUUAUGAACGAACUUUAGUUUUUCCAACAGUUCUAUUGUUUUCCGAGACGAAGUCGAGGGAAACAUUAAGAUUCGAGGAAAAACGAAACUGACUAUUUCGCGUGAGAACAGACAUUACGUGUUUUGUUCAAGAGAAACGAAAGAAAAAUCAACAACAUUCAUACAACAAUUGUAUUUCAUGACAAAAACUCUAUAGUGUAAACGAGUUUAAAAUUAAAAGAACCUACUUAAACGGUUUCAACAACAUAUCAUGUUGCCUGUUGUGUAUUUUUGUUCUCUCUUACAUUCUUUAUUUGAACACAAACUUGGAAAAUCCAAGUUUAUAAACUCGCGAUCUUUAGCCGCCAUUUUGUUUAUUUGUGUACGUAGCCGGUCGAGGCGAGCAACAUUGCAUGCAUUUUUGUACAGCCACAUGACCACAAAUGAGUCAAUCACGUUUGGUGUUUACCCUAUAGCUAUGUAACAAUUGUUGUUGUUUUUAAUUCAGGACCUAAUGUUUCAAUUUUGGUUCAAUACAUUCUUCGUGUCUGGGUUAACACCACCGCCAAGCGAAGCCGAGCCGACCAUGAUGACUCAAAAUUUCAAAGAUCAAGAUGACGAGGUUGGAGCGACAUCAUGGUUUGAACUCCACAAAGAAGACUUGGAUAAAGCGAAUAAAGAUAAGAAAAAUAAAAUAUACUCACCCAAUUUCAAGGUAAGAUACUUACCAUAUAAUAUCAGAAUGUUCAUGCUCUCUGAAACUCUGGUAAAAACUUCAUGAUGAACCUAAAAAUGAUUGUAGAGGACGGAAAUUUGAGGUGUGAAUUUUAUACAUUUGUUAGACUACAUUAGGGCCAUUUAUACGAGCGAAAAUAAACCGCGGCCUAAAUAAGCCGCGGCUUAUAUAAGUGGCGAAGAACUCCUAUAAACAGUCAAUUUGCAACAAGCCGCGGCUAAUUUAGGCCUAGCUUUCAAGCAUGGGCUUAUUUUAGCCGCGGCUUGCGAACAAAUCGACUGUUUAUACGAGUCGUUCGCGACUUAUUUAAGCCGCGGCUUAUUUAGGCCGCGACUUAUUGUCGCUCGUAUAAAUGGCCCUAUUGUUACCGAAUACAUUGCGAGAUUACAUUGCUAUCGAAGGAACUAGACUCAGUUCCGCAAUAUCACCAACUCGAACCGACUUGACUUCGUAGCUCAGUUGGUAGAGCAUUGGACUAGUAUCGCAAAGGUCGUGGGUACGAUUCCCACCGUGGUCGGGCAAACUUUUCAGCUUGUCCGGUGUGGAUGCACACUCAGAGUAACAUCACAAACAUCAUAUUCACCUGAGUACGUAACACCAACACACACAAAAAUAACCAGGAACAUUUGCGAAAAAUGCUACUACAUACACUGUAAAAACUGAUUGGUUAAAACAGCCAUUUGUUUUGGUUGCAACCAUUGGCACAUGGUCAUUUUGACCAAUUGUUGAAUUAGUUAGUCGAAUUUUACCAAUUAAAUUUGGUUCCUUUGACUAUUCCUUAAUUGGCCGAAAAAAUUGCCCAAUUUAUAAAAGUUAUUGUAUAACCAACUGUCUAUUGGUCAUUUAUAGUUGAGUGUAACCCUGUUAUAGCCUGUGUACAGACAAAAUUGGUAUUUUUAGUCGCCAGAAGAUCGUAUAGUUGGAACUAUAUAGGUCCCUGGUAGGAAUUGAACCUACGGCCCUGCGAUUCCGGUACAGCGCUCUAACCAUGACAAGUCUAGACAAAACUUUCAUCACAGCUUGAAAGAGCAUAGUAAAAUUAGUAAUAUUCCGAAGUUUCGUUGCGAAAUGGUGUAAAAUGAGGAUAAUAUAGCCCUGCGAACUUUGCCGUUUUUCAGUCAUUUUGUAUUACGCGCGGGAAAUUGAUACUUUUUUUCAGAAAGCGGUAUCAAUUUCCCCCGCGUAAUACAAGAUGACUGAAAAACGGCAAACUUCGCAGGGCUAUAUUAUCCACAUUUUACAACAUUUCGCAACGAAACUUCGGAAUAUUACUAAUGUUGCGAUGCUCUUUCAUGCAAGCUGUGAUGAAAUUUUUGUCUAGACUUGUCCGUAUCAAACUUUUGUUCAUUAGGGAAUAGGUCCAAUUGUAGCUCUAACAAAUCUAUAUAAUUCACACUCGUCAAAAUUUUCCAUCUACAAAACCAUACGAUUAGUUUUAAGGCCUCAUCUUUCAAAGUUAAAUAGUUUUUUUCAUUGGUUAUAAAGUGAUGGUGUUUAUAAUAUAUUGACUUGAAAUGAUAGCAAAGAACUUUACAGUCCAACAUCGAUAAACAUGCAUGGUUGGAAAAGCUCUGCUAAAAAUAUUCCAAUUUCAAACGCAUUUGCUCGCUUGGAGCAUGAAAAAUCUUGAAAUUAUUGCAAGCUUUUCUACGAUCAUUUCAAGUAAAAAUAUCAUAAAUACUCGUACUUUUUAAACCGUAUUACAUCAUUUCUAACCUGAAAAGAAGAUCUGAACCUCAAAUAGACAAUAUCCGAUACCUCUCACUAUCGGACCGGAUAUGAUAUCCAGUGCAUACUUGAUUGAGUUGGAAUCUUCGCUCGAAACGUCGAAAGCACGUACAGUCGCACAGACCGAUUGACAAAUUAUGUAAAUUGCACUUUGUCAGUUGCCAGAUUAAGGGACAUUGGCAACGAAAGAAUUAGUUUAGUUCAUUUGAAAGAACUCUUAAAACUAUAUAUUAAACUCUAUUACAGAUUGUUUAUAUCUUGCUUAGUUUUCAAAAUAUUUCGACUGAAAAAAAGUGAGCUGUUCGCCAUCUUGGAUUAUUGAGGAUAUGCAUGUUACGUCAAGAGAGGGGUCACGCUAAUUUUUUAUCGUGAGAGUAAGCGAUCAAUAUGGGUCCAAAACCUCGUUUCUGGUUGCUGUCUGAAAUUUAGAAAUGAUUAAAAAUAUUUCAAACAACUUUGGAUUGUAAAACUCGGUCUUUUUAGAGUAGUUUUAUAUGGUUAGCCCAACUCCUGACGUCAUCAAAACCAUAGUUAAUGAGGUCAAGAAUUAGUCGAAGAUGGCGCACGGCUCAUUAAUUUCUGUCUAAAUAUUUCGAGAACUAAGCAAGGUAUAUGACAAAUCGGUAGUAGAGUUUAAUAUAUAAUUUUAAGAGUUCUUUUGAAUGAGACAAACUAUUUUUUUAUUGCCAAUUUCUUUUAAACAACGUUUGCUUCCAGUGAACAGCUUUUAUAUAGGUGUUGUAUGCUUGAAUGGGUAUAAGAGCACUUUCUUCGUAAUAUGCACAUCGAAACCGUUGAAGUGCUUACGUAUACGCAGUGAGAUUUUUACCAAAAUCACAGUGCUUGUUUUGACAGAAGUGUGUCGAGAGUUGUAAAUAUUUAAUGCGGUUGCUUCAAUACUUCUUCGUGUAGAAUUGAAGUACAGCGAACUCGCGAGCAACAGUUUAUUUUAACAAUAUGGCGGUAUGUUUUCAUGGAAUGCACUUGAAAGAAUUGCUGUCGUUGCUUUACAUUACAAGUUUAUUCUAGCUGGGUUCUAAAAGUUUACUUUUUAAUCUGAGUCGAUAGAGAGAGAUAAGCAUUGGUCGUGUUAGCGUUAUUCCAAACAUAUAUGAUCUUGUUUCUUUAUACAUAGUGUCCCGAAAAAUGCAUUAUAGUCUUAUACGUAGCUAAUUGUCAUAUAGUGGGCAUAAAAAAGAGAUGAAUUUGGACACUAAGAUUUAAAAUUGUUCUGGUGACCAGUAGUAUACCAAUGUUUUAGCUUUUUCAAGUGAGGGGUCAUCAACCGUAUUACUACUGAACAUAACUGAUGCAUAAUUUCAAUGGUCCUUUGGCUGAACCAGAAUUUAUUUUGAAACAGCUUAACUUUAAAACUAACCUCUAGGGAGAACAGUUUAGAACUGAAUGAUAGAGCUAUCCAGUGUAAAUAAAGAUCGUUUAGUUUAGGUUUUCUCCUGUAGUAACAAAUACAAACUAUAAUUUUCUAUAAUUAGUUUUAAUUAUACUGAUCCCAAGUUUAUCGAAUGCGUCUUGGCAAAUUAAUCACCGCGCUUUAUCAUGAAUCAGUCGAAUUAAUCACCAUUUAUCAACGCUCAUUCAUUGUCGCAACUUAAUUGACGAAAUCGAUUCAUGAAAUUAAUCACCACUAAUUAACCAUCACAAGUUGAUAAUCACGAAACUUUCAAAAUAAUAAUUACAUAUCAAAUAUCACAAAUGAAUAUUCACAAAUCAAUCAUCGCAAAUUAAUCCUGACAUGACAUUCAAAAGAGUUAUCACGGUCAAAUAUCACAAAUGAAUAUUCACAAAUUAAUAAUCGCAAAUUAAUCAUCACAAGACAUUGAAAAUAAUAACAGAACAAAUAUCACAAGUGAAUAUAAUCAUCACGAAACGUUCAAAAUAAUAAUUACAUACCAAAUAUCACAAAUGAAUAUUCAAAAAUUAAUCAUCGCUAAUUGUUCAUCACAAAACAUUGAAAAUAACAGUUACAGAUCAAGAAUCGCAAAUCACUCGUAACAGAUCAUAUAUCAUACAUGAAUCAUCACAAAUUGAUCAUCACAAAACGUUCAAAAUAAUAAUUAAUCACAAACUCCAAAUUUCAUCACGCUCGUCGAGCGCUCACCAGUCAGUUACUACAAAUUAAUGAUCAUUAAUUAAUUAAUACUAAUUAACCAUCACUAAUGAAUAUCAGAUUCGAUUAAUGAAACAACAUUUUUGUACUGAUUCCAAGUGCUCUUAUACCCAUCUCGUAUAUUCGUCUGUUCUUCAUGCCAUACACCAUCUCACGCUUCGAGGAAAGUUGAAAAUUCUAGUGAAGGACUGGUCAUUUUUUAUGGCGAGGGCUUGGCACCGAAGAGAAAUGUUUUUCUUGGUAAAAAUUUGGCUGACCCAACCAUUAAAAAGUAAAAAAAAAUUACCCAACCUCGAAUAUCAAUUUAAAAUAAACACCCACCUCUGGCCAAAAACUUUACAAAAGGAUACCAUUCAGUUGUCACACAUGUCCUUUACCACUUCUGUGACAUGAGUUUGAUAACUGCUUGUGCAAUUUUCUGCAGUCCAAAGUUUCAUGUUGUCUGCACAUGUACUUUCUUUGGAGACACCAUUUGCCUCCUGACAAAUCGGAAAAUGAUCAAGAUAGUGACUCUGAUUGAUUUACACAUUGUAUUGGCAUGUGACUUUUGACAUUACUUUUUAGUCUUCAAUAUAUUUGAGUGAGUCAUGCUUCAGAAAAUGACAAUAAAUUUUUAUUACCCAACCCUUGAGUUUUGUUUUUCAUUUACCCAACCUUUUACUCACUCAAAGUUUUGUUCAUCCAACCCUUUUCUCUUCGGUGCCACCCCCAGCCAUAAACAAUGACCGGUCCCUAAAUUCGUAUUUUUACUUAGCAUAAUGAAGUAAGAAGUUAAUUUACUUACCAACGACCAAAUUCAUGCUUAAAUUAUAGAAUACCCGUCCAUUUUGACGUCUAAUAAUCAUAGUCACUUGUAAACGUCGAGAGCUUUCUGAAAAUAUGUCGUUUAUAACUGCCUUUUUUACCUAGUCUUACUGUCGUUCCAAUUGAAGUGUUGCUCAAAUAUUGAUUCAAUACAUUACCUCGGGCUGACCAAUUCAUUUCAUCAAGUUCUUCGAGAUAUUCAUACACUUCCUAGUUUAAUUGUAAACUUCCUGUUGAAUAGUUUGAAUGCACCAAUCACCUUUGCUGUUGGUGCAACUAACCAAUCAUAAAUAGAAAGGAAGUGACCAGAAAUGAUCAAAUACUUGGAAUUGGGUCUUUCACAGGAAGUGUAUGAAUAUCUCGAGGAACUUGAUCAAAUGAAUUGGUCAGCCCGAGGUAAUGUAUUGAAUCAAUAUUUGAGCAACACUUCAAUUGGAACGACAGUAAAAGUUUCGGUUUUAUCCGUUUUGAAAUUAUUCCCGUAUUUAUUUGCAUGUCCAAAAAAAGGUGACCCUUUAGAAAUUUUUAUAAUUUGAAUGCCCGAGUUCUAUACUGAACCCAUAGUGCGUCAACACAAUAGACCUUUCCCCUUAUGAGUGAAAUUUUGAUAGAUAUGCCUGAACAAAAAUUUCAUCUCAGCUUGAAAGAGCAUCACAAAAUUAGUAAUAUUCCGAAGUUUCGUUGCGAAAUGUUGUAAAAUGCGGAUAAUAUAGCCUUGCGAAGUUUGCCGUUUUUCAGUCAUUUGGUAUUACAAAUGGGAAAUUGAUAAUCAGUUUGAUCAUCUGAUUACCAAUUUCCCGUUUGUAAUGCAAGAUGACUGAAAAACGGCAAAUUUGGCAAGGCUAUAUUAUCCGCAUUUUACAACAUUUCGCAACGAAACUUUGGAAUAUUACUAAUUUUGUGAUGCUCUUUCAAGCUGUGAUGAAAUUUUUGCCUAAGUUGUGUUUUAACUUUCAAUUAGAAUUUUCAUGUGCAAUUUAUGCAGUUUUAACAUGCCCGUACGAUUACAAGUGCAUUCUAAACUCCCAGAGGUAAUUAAGUUUGGGUGUUUACAACAAAACGGUGAUUUCUAAAGGGUCACUUUUUUUAGACAGCCUGUAUGUAUUGUGCCGGAAUAAAUCGCUUUCAGAAAAAUACAAACACGCCAAAACAAUCCAUAUGUGUCUCUCUCUAUCCCCCAGGUGAAAGUGUGCUUUUUUAACCCGGCUUCUGGCAAAGUAUCGUCGAGGAAACGAGUUCAGAGCGAAGAUCUAGUGAGCUAUAGCGACGGCGCCUCGAAGACCGGUAGUCUGAAACGCCACUCGUACGAUUGUGCCGUACAUUUAGACGAAAUACCGCUGUCCAAUAAUAACGAAGUGGGCGAGAGUGCGAAUGAGAGCCUGUCAGAUACCGAUUCUGAAAAUGAGGAAACGUGGAGCAAGGUGCCGCCCAGUAAAAAUUAUUUGAAGGAAACGUAUAUUUAGCAUGUUCUACGUAUUUAUACAAGCGUAGGACGAAACGGAUAUAAUUAUGUAACCCCUUCACCUGAUCUGAUUCAGUAGACUGGAUUGCGAAGCCAUUGUUGACAAUAGACAAUUCCCAUUAUAUAGACUAAUUUUAAAACUAGGCAAGGAGAUGCAAAUAAAUCACCACAGCUAGAAAGAGCAUACUAAAAUGAGUAAAAUUACAAAAUUUGGUUGCGAAAUGUUGUAAAAUGCGGAAAAUAUAGCCUUGCAAAGUUCGCAAAUUUUGUAUACUACUUCUGUAUUGCGUGCGGAAAUUGCUACCAUUUUCGGCCCAAAUGUGGUAGGAAUGUGGUAGGAAUUCCGGACGCAAUACAAAAGUAUACAAAAUUUGCGAACUUUGCAAGGCUAUAUUUUCCGCAUUUUACAACAUUUCGCAACCAAACUUUGCAAUUUUACUAAUUUUAGUAUGCUCUUUCUAGCUGUGGUGAUUUAUUUGCAUCUCCUUGCCUAGUUUUAAAAUUUGUCUAUAAUGGGAAUUGUCCAUUGAAAACCGUUAUAUAUACGAGUUUCUCGUGUUAGUUCCUCGACGUAAAUUUGCAUUUUCUACGGUAGAUUUAGGCAAUUUUAUACAGCAGUAUAUACCUUGAUAACGCUUUUUGAGUCGAUUUAAAAUUUGAUGCUAUCAUUCUAUAAACUAUACACGCAAAAGUCUCACAUCUUGUAGCAAGUCUGCCAACAAGCCGUCGACAAGUUGUGGUUCGCACUGCUUGUCCCAAGUUGUCAACAAGUUUGGAACAACUUAAUGUAACAACCUUGUUGAUAUUAUCAUGCGAUUUGUUGCAAGGAUGUUCCAACAAGUCUGGUACAGUCAUGAUAUAGUAAUAUAACAACAACCCUCUGUGGUCAACAUUGUAACAUUCUUGUUAUAUCAUGACUGUAUCGGACUUGUUAGAAGAGCCUUGUAACAAGUCUGUUAAUGCCAUCAACCUUGUUACAAAUUGUUAACAGCUUGUUCCAAACUUGUUACAACAACUGGGAACAAGCAGUGCGAACACAACUUGUCGACAGCUUGUGCACAGAUUUGUAACAACUUGUUUGCAGACCUGUAACAACUUGUUACAGUUUUAGCAACUUGUAACAACUGCCCGUUAAGUCGUAUAUGUUCCCAUGGAAAUCCCCAUUUUUUUGUAAUAAAAAUUUUGAAGUUCAGUUCAUAUUGUUUUGUAAAAUAGCACCAAUUUUUUUAUGCCAACUGACUUUGACCUGCACUUUCCAUUUUUGGGAUUACCAGAGUGCUCGUAUCAAAUUUUAAAUCUACUCCCAAGCGUAGUAAUGUUCUAUUAGAAUAUUUUUACCAUUUCCCAAAGGCCAUUUUAUGUGAUACAACCAUGCACGUUCACAUUGAUUAGCCGGUACUAAGGGACCGGUCAUUAUUUAUCGGGGGGGGGGGGGGCCCGAAACAUUUUCUUGGCCAAAUUUUUUAGUGACCCAACCUUCAAAAAAAAUUUUUCUUCUCCACCCAAUCCCAGCACUCAUUCAAAAAUCUUAGACCCACCCUAACUUAAUUUUGUCAAUUUACUUUAUUAAAAGCUAAAUUGACUUACUUUAGUUUUUGAGAGAACAAAAAAGCCAACAAGUAUGAACUCUGUCAUUUUAUCAUGAUUGUUAUGGCAGGUUCAAAUGGAAUUUUCACUUUGCAAAUCGAUAUAAGUAAAUGAUAUUUAUUCGAUCUUAAUAAAACAAAUAAUACCUUGAAUUAGAUGGUUCGUGAUGAGUUACGUCAACAGUGACAAUUGACAACCAACAAUAUAUACAAGUUUUAAAAUGGUAUAAAAAAAAUAUAGUUCAUAGACAGUUAUAAAGGAUUAUUUCUCUUACCCAAUGCGAACAUACAAAUUUAUAUUAGUUAAUGUUCAGGUUCAAUAGUUCUCAACUAAUAUAAUCAGGACUUUUCUGCUUUAAUGAUUUUUACUUUACCCACCCCUUCAGGGCCGUAGCGACCGGGGUGUGGGUGGGGGGGGGGGGUAAAGUAACACAAAAUCAGGUAUUUCCUAGGACAAGGGAAAGUUAAUUUACCAAAAAUAACUGUCAAUUUGAGAAAAAAAUGAGGUAUAUUUACAAAAAUUUUAGAAAAUUCUGGAAAUUUUCGGAAUUUUAGAAAAAUUUAUUUGAUAAACGAAGAAAAUUUGCGAUGACCGGAAAAAUUUUUUUAUGUCGCAAAAAAAUUUGGUAUGUCCGGAAAAUUUUUUUUACCCCUAAAAUGGACCGAACUUUUUUGGCGACGGGGGGGGGGAUUUUUUUUUCAAAAAAAUGUAAAAUUCGAAAUUUUAAGACUUUCAGGUAGAUUUAACCAAACACCCCCUGAUGCGAGUCCCUCGCGACGGCACUGCACCCCUUGGCUUAGUGAAUUUUUAUUCAACCCACCCAUUUCCACCUGUUUACCCACCCAUUUUCUCAUCAGCCCCCCCCCGGCCAUAAAUAAUGACCGCGGUCCCUAAAUAGGCUGGUUUUACACUAACAAUGUUUCUGUGAUCACUACAGCAGCAAUUUUACAAAGAAAUGUUUGAGGGACUGAGUCAGUUCCUUCAAAUCCUUCAAAUCUUAGAAUUUUACCCAUAGUACAGUAACAGAAAUCUUAGAAUUUUACCCAUACUAUAGAAACGAGGCUCUACAUAUUUAGCCAAGAUGAUUUACUUUCCGCGAAAGCGUUUAUUUCCAGACAAAAACAAUUGUUUCUUCAAUUCAUGGCCAGAAAUCGUGGACGUGAUUUAUUCUACUUCGUAAUUUGUAUAUCAUGUUGAAAUACGGCUUCAACAGGGUUUGGGGAUGAAUAUUUGUAUCAUAUAUAUUUCUUACUAUAUAGAAUUAUUUUUUCUACUCAAACUUGUAACUGUUUAUUUAUAUAUCUAUUUUUAAUGUAUGUAGCUUAUUAAAUUAAACAAAUAAAAUGGAAUACAAUUCUUUCAUUGCGCAGAAUUCGCGGUCAUGUCAGAAAGCCUUAAGAGUUGGACCAUUAGGGAGAACAGUUUAGAACUGAUAAACUAUCCAGUAUAAAUAAAGUCAGUUUAGUUUAGGCUUUUUCCUAUAGUAACAAUAAGAGAUAGAUCAAUAAGAGAUGAUUCUUACUGGACCUCUAGGGAGAACAGUUUAGAACUGAUAAACUAUCCAACAUAAAUAAAGUUUAUAGUAACACUGGAUCAAUAAGAGAUGAUUCUUACUGGACCCUCUAGGAAGAACAGUUUAGAACCAUAGAUAUCUUAUAUACACUAGAUAGCGCAUCUCUUUAAGUAAAAUUGAAACCAAGAAUAUUCCAGCGGUUACCCCCAUUUGAAUAGAUGGCGGCCAUGUUGGAGUUUCCCACUCGCUAAUAAACGCUUAAAAAACAACAAUAACUUUCAUCAUUUGAACAAUUUGAAAAUGUAUUUGGAAUAGGUUUAACUUAAUGUUUAAGUUCCCUGUUUAAAAAAGAGAAAACAUACGAGUCUUCUCAUUUCAUGGGAAUAUCCUGAGUCUGCAAUCACGGCUUCAAUUUUUGAAUUGCAGAAUAAUUAGAUGCACUAUCUAGUGUAUAUAAGAUAUAUAUGUUUAGAACUGGUAGAGCUAUCAAGUAUAAAUAAAGUUAGUUUAGGUUUCCUCCUGUAGUAGCACUUGAUCAAUAAAAGAUGACUCUUACUGGACCUCUAGGGAGAACAGUUUAAAACUGAUAGAACUAUCCAGUGUAAAUAAAGUUUAAUUUAGGUUCUCUCUUGUAGUAACACUGAAUCAAGAGAAGACUCUUACUCGACCUUUAGGGAGAACAGUUUACAACUGAUAGAGCUAUCCAGUACAAAUAAAGUUUAAUUUCGGUUUCCUUUUGUAGUAAUACUCGAUCAAUAAGAGAUGAUCCUUACUGGAGCUCUAGGAAGAACAGUUUAGAACUGAUAGAGCUAUCCAUUAUAAGUAAAGUUAGUUUAGGUUUCCUCCUGUAGUAACACUGGAUCAAUCAAAGAUGAGUUAGAUAACUCUUACUAUAUUUGAACAUUUUGAUAAAGACUUUUCCAACCAUGCAUGUUUAUUGAUAGAUGAUCCUUACUGGAGCUCUAGGAAGAACAGUUUAGAACUGAUAGAGCUAUCCAUUAUAAGUAAAGUUAGUUUAGGUUUCCUCCUGUAGUAACACUGGAUCAAUCAAAGAUGAGUUAGAUAACUCUUACUAUAUUUGAACAUUUUGAUAAAGACUUUUCCAACCAUGCAUGUUUAUUGAUAUUGGACUGAAGUUCUUUCCUAUCAUUUCAAGUCAAUAUAUUAUAAACACCGUCACUUUAUAACCAAUGAAAGUAAUUAUGUAACCCUUGAAAUAGUUGCACCCGAACCUUACACAACCGGCACUUAGCUGGAUAUUUUUCAACAACAUAUACGUAAAAAUCUCACAUCUUCAUUGUAGCAAGUCUGCCAAUAAACCGUCAACAAGUUGUGUUCGCACUGCUUGUCCCAAGUUGUCAACAAGUUUGGAACAAGCUGUUAACAACGUAUACAGGGUUCGUAGCGGUCUUUGAAAUCCUUGAAAGUCUUUAAAUUUGAAUGCAGGUCUUUGAAAAGUCUUUGAAUUGUUUGAAAAAGCGAAGAAAGUCACUUUAAAAGUCUUUAAAUUCUUCAGUGAGUAUUGGAUUAUACGAUUUCCUAGCUAAUAAAAUAGAUUGAUUGAAGCAAGAUUUUCGCAAAUAUCGACGAAAAGGCGCAUUUUAAGAUGCGAUUUGACUGGACAAUUUUCCCGGGUAAAAAUGGUGCUCACACUCGCAAUUUUUCGUCAGCUAAUUGCUCUUAAAGCUCUUUGAAAAGUCUUUGAAAAUAGACAGAAAAAAUCUUUGAAAGUCUUUGAUUUUUUUUGGUCUCAUGGCCAGAAAUGAAGUACAACAUGGCUGACAAGCAUGCGCGUUAAGCUUUCACCAAAUAAAUUCAAAAUGGCGGCGUUAUAUAGAUUUGAUAAGAGAAAAUUCAACAUACGCAUUUUGUGUUCGAUCCCGUAAAGAAAUUACACGGUCCCACGUCUAAAAAUUUAUCAAAUAAGGCCAGUAUCAACUCCCGAAAAUCUGGCGACAGUCCGAGUAGCGUAAAUAUGUUCCCGAGAGAUUUAUAUUUCUCCUUCUCACUUUGUAUAUAAACACCUACUAAAUCGGCAUGAUUUGCGGAAGUGAGGCCACAUAUGGUCGACUUUUCGCACGGUCCCACGUCUACGCAUAUUCGAGGUGGACAAUACUUUGUUUUUAGCAGCAUUUAAAGGCUCAACGGCUUCUUUAAACCUGUUCCCGAACGCCUUGAAACAUAGCAUUUUCAUGCCGCAGAUUCGUCGAAAUUUAAUACGCCAAGCGCUGAGAAAUAGUCGCUAAACUAGCAUAAACAAGCAAAAUAUUGCUCUCCACUUCGCUUCGUGCUGCCAUUUUACAUUCCUGAGUUGUUUUGAGUUGUUACUAGGUUACCAUGGUCUAUACCUUUUUUUUUACUUUUUUAAAUGUUGCGCCCAUAGGUGACACCCAUCCCACAUUCAUCGCAGUUAUGAUGCCACCCUCCCUAACCUCAGGGACUCCACUAAUAGUCGAUGGACGGCUUUGACUAGCUGCAUGGGAGGACAAUGCACCGAGCCCAAACUCAUAACGCGCGCUAGCACCGCUGUAUUAUUUUUAAAUUGGCUCGUAUAUUCAUAAAAACAAGCGCAAUUUGGCUCGGCAAAUUUAAUAUUAUUUGGCUUGUGUUGGCGAAGAUUCCUUCUAAGGUUUCAAUAAUAAAGGGAUUACUGUUCCCAGUAUUAGUAUUUAUGUUUAUUUUUGUUUGAUUAUAGCUAUAUAGUGUUUUGUAUAGGAGCGAUUGCAGAAUACCCGUCCACUUUCGAAGACCUCAGUUUAUUAUUAUCAUGAUGAGAUGAUACGAAGUGAAAAUGAUUAGCGAAUAAUUGUAUACUCCCGCUAUUAUAAAAGCGGUUGUAAGCUAUAUUUUUGCGUUAUUGCCUGUCAUGAUAAUAAAUGAGGUAUUUAGAAGUAGACGGGCAUUCUGCAAUCACUUUCUUAUACAUGUAGAAUCGAACCGCCAUUUUGAAUUUUUGAGAUUUUGAGCCCACAGGUCAACCCGCUGGCUGUCCUCGAUUUCUGGCCAUGUGGAGACUUCUAACGCUGGUAUAACAACCUUGUUGAUAUCAUCACACUUGUUAAAAGGUUGUCCCCAGCAAGUCUGAUACAGUCAUGAUAUAACAAUAGUGUCGUCAACCUUGCAACAUUGUUAGAACAACCUUGUAACAAGUCUGAUAAUGCCAUCAAGCCUGUUACAAGUUGUUAACGGCUCGUUCCAAACUUGUUAUACAACAACUGGGAACAAGCAGUGCGAACACAACUUGUCGACAGCUUGCGAGCAGAUUUGUAACAACUUAUUUGCAGACCUGUAACAACUUGUGUGUAUUUUACAAGUAAUGUUUACAACAUGAGCGGCCGUGUUGUAUCAGAUAUACAAACUCGAGCCGAAGGCGAGAUCUAUCUCUUAUCAAAUUUUAAAAAUAAACGUUGUCUAAGCCGAGAAAAUCAAAGUUAAAGUUUAUGUAAAUCAACAUGAAUCUGUAUCACAUAUACAGAUACGACACGCUUAUGAUUUUUCUUUGUGUUUUCUUCAUGAAUUAUUAAUGAGUUUUUUAAGGGUGGAUUGACUACAAAAUUAUUUUUGUUGUUCGCUACUGACUACAGCUACUGCUUAAAAAAUGUAGCGAACUAUUUCGCUAAGUUAUAUUUUUUUAGUUUUACUGUACUUGGAGCAUCUACUAACUCAGGCUGAAAUGUAACCUAUAACAAAUCGACUUACGAGUAGCAACAGUAAACACAAAGCAACAUUUUUGUAAGCACUACAGUGUUCAGGAGUGCAAAUUGAGUAUUGAGUGUUGAUUUUAAGCAAACCGUGUCUCAAUAUCAUGCUAUUCUAUCAAGUUGCUAAUAAUUUUAAAAAGUAGCGAAUAGCGAUUUGCUGUUUGAAAAGUAGUCAACUACUUGACUACUUUUAGGCAAAAUGUAGGUCGCUAUAACUGCAGCUGCUGUUUUAAAAAAGUAGUCAAAAUCUACUGGCUACUUGAAAAUUGUAGUUCGCUACAGUAGCGAACUACAACUACUUCGCUUCUAUACGCACCCUUGGUAUUUUGCGUGUGUACCCGACAUAGCAAAAUGCUCUGCCCCUAAUUUCGUAUUUUCCUGCAGCUACAAGUCGUGUUCACCGUCCCGGAAUUGAAGCGGAACCACAUGGAUGGCAGCGACGAUUAUGUGGAUAUAGAGUGUGAAGGGGGUACAUGGAAAGAUAAUAAUGACGCACAUCUCCGUCUCCCUGCCCCUGGUACUCCCACCGAGACCUUUCAAAGAAGAAAAAACAGGUCGAGAUCUCCGUCCAGACAUAAAGAUGUAAAUAAUAUGAAACAUUCUGCAUCUAAUGCGAGCAUCGAUUCGGCUUUAGGUAGAAAUGACAUUGAAGAUCUGUCCGAUUCUGAGUCGGAAUCAGAAUGGCAGGAGAAUAACAAAGGUACGCAUUUUUAGAUGCCAGCGACUUAGUGUAAUGGUGUCUUGCCGGUUUGAGGAUUUAGGGUCGAUUUACACACAACUUUCGCCUAAGAACUGUCGCAUGCAACCUGCUUACAACUUGAGUUGUACUGUGUAAAUCAAGCACACAAUUCGCUUACGUCGUCGUAGAUGAGUUGUGUGCUUGAUUUGGACAGUACAACUUAAGUUGUAAGCAUGUUGCAUGCGACAGUUUUAAGCCCGCCGCACACGAGAGCAACUUGCUGAGCUAACCGCCUCGCGAGGCAGCUAGCUCAGCUAUGUAUUUUCACCGUUGGGAAAACUACUCAACAACAACAUAAUUGACAAAAUCAUUUGCAUUUUCCUCCAUUUUGUUCCAAGUCACAUGAAGAAACCAUGGUUUGUCAUUGGCUAAUUGAUUCAAAAGCUCUGCAGCACUUAGCUCACAACAGCCGCAGACGCUGAGAUUUUUUCCUCGCGAGGCGAAAAAUAUCAAGCACGAUAGAUAUUUUCCUCAAGGCCUCGAGAGGUCAAAUCCUCACGAAAACUAUCCGCACACGAGAGCAACUUGCUGAGCUAACCGCCUCGCAAGGCGGGCUUUAGGAAAAGUUGUGUAGUGUAACUGAAGUGUGUAAUGUCAGCCUUUUGUUGUUUUAUAAUACAGGGUGUAUAAAAAAAGAUAAUCCAACUUUGGCAUCUUAUCGUGCAUUAUAUAUUACGUUUAACCAUUUACUUUUUUCAUGUCAAUAAAGAUCAGACUUUUAGCUGUCGAAUGAUACCUUUCUUGUAUCAGUGCGAUCAAAAUUAGCCAAAUACGACCCGAUUUAAAAAUGCCGCUAUGUCAUGAUUUGUGUAAUUUAUUAUUUGUAAUCAUUGGUAUAUUUUAUGAAGAAAUGCAAUAUACCUGUAAAAGAAAAUAUUCCAUCUUCACAGGAUUAUCAGGCCUCAAAGUUACCGGAUAUAACAUCAAACCGGGAAUUGCAAAUUAGAUUUCUUUUGUUUCUAGCGUAUAAAAUUGCCGAUUUGAUAUCUGGUAACUUUGAGGGCUGAUAAUCCUAUGAAGAUGGUAUAUUUUCUUAUAAAGAUAUAUUGCAUUUGUUCAUAAAAUGCACCAAAGAUAAAAAAAAUAUUUAAAAUCCCAAAUCAUGACAUAGGCACUUUAAAUCCCAAAGGGCAAAGGUGAAGAAAUGCGAAUUCAACCGAUCACUUUAGAUUGGAUUUGGUCAUUUUUUAUCGCAAUUAUUCCAUAAAGCUAAAGGUGUCAUUCAAGAGCUAAAAGCAAAGCCUGUUCUUUAUUUAGUUAGCAUGUCAAAGUUGGAUUAACCUUUGGCGGUGACAAAUAAUUUCGGAACUUUUGUGAAUGAUAACAGAAUGACGAUGUAACGAAGUAACUCUUCAACCUAUAGAAGUAAUUUUUCAAUCUUGAAAUCGUUGGUGGUCCAAAAAACAAGCUAUUUAUUGCAUAACGAUUUAAAGGGAAUGGCAACAAAAAUUUUGUUUAUAAUUAGAUCUAAUUAAAUGGCGUUUUAAAACUAAAAAUAUAUCGGUGCGAAGCUUAUACAUAGCUUGUGCUUUAAUUUAGAACAGACAAUAUAGAAAAGAAUACGAUUUAGCAUUUUAAAAUGACCCGAGAAUUGCUUAAGACAAAAUAUCUUGAAAGUCUUUAAAUUUGAAUGCGGGUCUUUAAAGUCUUUGAAGAGUCUUUGAAUUGUGUGAACAAUUUAAGAAAGAAAGUCUUUAAAAGUCUUUAAAUUCUUUAGUGAGUAUUUGAUUUAUACGAUUGUAAUGUAGCUGAUCUUCACAAAUAUUACUCCAAGACCAAGAGAUUUACAAUCGCAAUUUUUCCGAGUAAAAUGUUAGAUAAUGAACUGUUAGAAAAAGUCCUCGAUAAUUAAAUCUGUUCUCAAUUUCGCUGUAUAUAAAACUUUGCUUUUAACAGCUGAUUGCUUUCAAAAUGGUCUUUGAAAAGUCUUUUGUCUGCGAGACUACGAACCAUAGGCAUAGUUACCCUGGUUGUGACAUCACGCGUAUCUGAAGAUUUUAUGCAUGAUCCAAGAUGGCGGAAUGCAUAACGAUUUCGUUUGAGAUGAAGUUGAAUAUAUUUUAUACAAAGAACAAUGAAGAAAAUUUAUAACAAAGAUUUUGAAAUAUAUUAUUAUUGAGUCUCUCUUCCAAAUGGGAGAAACUUAUUUUUUGUUGCUAUUUCCUUUAAGGCAAACAAGUUUAAGGAACGAAGAUUUGCAGCGACAAAGGAUGUCAUAUGUUUGACAACUUAAAUCCCCUGGCGCAGUGUUCGCCACUGAAACUAACCCAAGUUGAUCCCUUAAACCGAUUACAGACGAGCUAGUUUUCUAUGAAAAGUUUUCACAGGCCAGUUUUAACGUAUGGUUACUAAGUUAGGUUGUAUGUUUGAAUUCGAGUUUUGGUUUGUUUGGACGGUGACGAAAAUAACAAGACACUCGCUUGUUAGCAAAUAGUCAGUUUGAAUAAGAGGACGAAAUGCGAAGACGAAGGCGUUUUUGACAAUUUUUGAAGGUCUGCACAUUAUCUUGCGAAUAAUGAGUUUAGGGUCACUUGUGGUUGCUCAACGUUAUAGAUUCAUAUUGUGUCGCUGUUUAUGAAUGCUGAUUCUAACCCUUGUCCUGACAAAAUAGCGAGACGUGAGCUAUACCACAUCUUCGUUCUUGGGUAAUUCCAUGGUAGUGCUGACAUUUUUUGAAAAAAAUAAGUUGUCAAGAAUUUUCAGAAGCUAUUGGAAACAAUUCUGAACUGAAAUAUUAAGAUGUACUUUAUAUGUAACAUGCCAGGCACGUAACAUGAGUCACAUGUAUUAUGUAGCAAUCCUUACUAUUGUAAUCUAAAAUAUAAAACUUCUUUGUGUUGGUAGUUUGCCCAACAUAUAUUCUGUUGCUCGAUAGACAUUGGUUUGUUUCUCCUUCCUAUGGUUCCCGAAGAAAUUCAAAAGUAGUUAGGUUGGUGUUACUUCAUGUCACUUUGUCGUAACAUGAGUCACACACCAAUUUACGGCCACCAAUUUUAUCAUGUUCUAAUCAAAUGUUUAAUUUGUACUGUGAAUCUCGCUUACCAUGAUUUGCACCUGUUUGCAAAAUUUUGACAGAAAUAAAUAUAUUAGUAAAUUUAUUACAUCAGAUCAAAAUUACUCUGAUAGUUGAAUUACCCUCACUCAUAACAUUGAAUUACCUUCAUCUGCCUUCGUUCAGAACGAAGUUCACGACGAAUUUUGCCAAAAUAUUCGUUCUGAAUGAAGAUGGGAUAGAGCAUCAUGUCUCGCAGUUUUGUUAGGGGGAGGAAUAGAGUUAGUAUUCAUAAACGAAACUGUCAUCGGUCUUCUUUGAACAGUUACCAAUGACCGCAAACUCAAUGCGCAGACGUACAAAAAUUGGCAAGUGUUCCUUUAUUGAUGAGAAAAAAUUACGAUGUUUUAUACUUUUUUAUGACGAAAAACUUUGUGCAGCUGGGAUCAAAAUGCUUAAAGCUCUCAUAGUCUGUAAAGAUAUAGCGUUAAUCAUAGUUUAUUAAGAUAUGAUGGUAUGAAAUCCCGGCCUAGAAAGGUCUUGAAAAUUAGGCCAGGCCCUUGAAAGUCGGGGAAUUUUUUUUCCAAUUGUGCUGAUAAUAAGAGAUUUACGCAUGGAAGAUGGCGAUUUCAGGACGACUGCUGAACAAACUGUUUGGAACGAAUGUAAAUCUUGACUUGUAUUUACUUUCGUAUGAAUUUAAUACAGUUUCGAACGAGUAAAACAGAGCUUUAAUCUUCAAUUUUGAUCAACUCUGCUAAUAAAACUACCUGUUAGACUUGAAAUGCUAGCGUACUGUGCGAGACGUGAAAAUAUGCAUUUUGUCGUUGUCAACAAAGCUUGGACAACGUCUAAAACCCCUGCUAGACUUUUAAUUAUUAAUUUCGUUUGUACUAUAGGAUUAAUGUCGUUGUAUUAAUAGCCGUCGUCCUGACGUUACCGUCUUAGAUGCGUAAACUCACUAAUAUUUGAAGAUUUUUUAUGCUAAUGAUUUUGAACAAAUUAUGGUGUUUUGAAAAGCAAAAUCCUUGCCAUUUUCAAAGCCUCUUCCACUUAAGAAGUCCUGGAAAAGUCUUUGAAUUUUAUCUACACUGAAGAGUGGAAAGUCUGCGUAUAUAAUUGCGGUUUUGAAUUGACUGUAAAAUGAUAAGAAUAGUUUUAAAUUUUUACUGAAAGUGAUGUUGUGAAACGAAUGAAAUUUUUUUAAACAGUCUUUAAACAGAAUAAUGUUUUAUUGUAAUGUGUCAUGUGUUGUUCUUGCGUUAUAUUUAUGUUUGAAAAGUUAAUGUUAUUUACAAAUUCUUUUCAGAAACCUCCCAAACUAUCUUUAAUUAUCGAGAUAUUUGGUGUGAUUCGCCAUCUUGUCUCAUAAUCACAUCUAAUUUAAAGAGAAAUGGCAAUAUAUUUUUAUAAGACUAUAUAUAAUACUCUUUUACCGUUUUUUUCAUAACUUGCUUCCUUCUACAAAUAUUUUGAUCGAAAGGAAUGAAAUGUCUGCCAUCUUUAAUUUUUGUAGAUAUGCAUGUUACGUCACAACAGGAAUCACGCAAUAUUUUUAUCUAGCCAAUCACCAAUCAUUUUGCACUCAAAACUAUACUCUGUCUGCCCUUGGAAAUAUCAAGAUCACUCAGAACCUUUAAAACAUCUACCAAUCAAUGUUUGGUUGACAACGAUUACUUAAUGGUUAAUCCCUGUUGUGAAGUCGCCAAAACUACGGUUAAUGCAUUGAACUAAAAAUAACAAAUAAAUAAAUGAAUGUAUAAAAAUAAAUGUUAUUUUUAGUUCAAUGGGUUAAUGAGAUCAAAAAUUUAUCCAAGAUGGCGGACUUCUCAAACUUCAAGAUAUCUUCAUUUAUAAGUGGUCCAAAUAUAAAACAAAUAUGUCGAUAAUACGACCGUAAUUUCGUGAAAUUGUUCCUCUGGCGAAGAUUUCUGUACGUUUGUUUGUAGUCUUUGUAAAAUAUUUAGUCAUUUGCUGCCAUGCUAGUUGCUUUUGUUCCAAGGAACGUAAAUUUGAAUGUUCAUUUUCAUUUGUUUGACAACAUGGCGGUCGUGAUUUAGUCGUCGCAAAAUAGCUGUGCAUCUUUAAUCUGCUUCAGUUUCGACAUCACGAUUUCUGCUCGACUGGAUGCCUUUUCCAGCGUGAUCUCAUUGUUACCAAAUAUAUCGUGGAAUGUC